CUAACAACUGGUCCGACCUGCUGGAUCCCGAUGUGCUGCCAGAAAAGUACUGCGGAUGGAACAGUAGGAGCACUGGAAAAUUCUGUGGCAGUCUUGAGUGGAACCAGAAAUCAUGGUUUGCAACCUCCUCCCAGUGAGAGCCUUGUUGAGCUUAAGAAAAUGCUGAAACACGCUGAAGAGGCAUGGGGUGGAGAUGCUUGAUAAUGAGUCAAACAAGUUGGAGGUAAAACUUUCUCGAGAGAAAAACAUUUCUGAAGCAGACAUCCGCUAAGAAUCUUGUUCUUGGGCAGGAAAGUUGGGUGAUGAGACCAGUGCAUUGGGUUGGGUGUCGUUAAGUCAAGAAACAAGGCUAAAAUCAGAUUGGCAGUGGAAACAUGCCUGGCAAAACAAGAAAGAAGCUGGAAUCAUAGUACAAUUGCAGAACUCGUAGAAUACCUGUUUGUCGAGAUUGAGGCGAAAGUCAAAGCUUGAGGUGCGCCAGAUGCUUACUGUUUGCAAAAAUUGGAGCUGACAGACACAACGACUGAAGAAGAGAAACAAGAAUCACAACCAAAACUGCCCCUUCCAAAGUUGUUCUUGAAGUUUUUGGCGGCGAAGAAACAUAAAGGGGAAAAAUGGAUAUUCUGCAAGUUGGGUAUGUUUCUAGAUGUAGUGGGAAAGGACCAAUAUGGUUUUAAUAUCUUCCGGGUAUAUGAAAAGAGGGUCUAAGAUACCCAAGGCACAUCUAAGCCCAAUUCAAAAAAUUCAGGAAAGAUUAUCGUCAUUGGAAACAACUGGGGUUUGGAAACUACUGCUUGAAAGUGUAGAUCGAUUGGAUCCAAAAUGAACUUUUUACCUCUUGCAUGAAUUUGGCUUAUCAAGUUUGCAACAGUGGGAUCCCGGUGGAAAGAGUUUUGAUUUUUCAACAGCUAUUAACAUGAAAUUUUGUAUAUUGCAACCUUGAGGCUGGAGGACAAAGUUGUUUUUGGGGGGUGUAUUGUUAGGAUAUACAGUAUAAUAAAAAGGAAUUAGACUAGUAAUAGUAGUUAGAGCAGUUAGUUUGUUCGAGGAAUAUUUGUAUAAAUAGUUAUAGAAAGAGGGAAGGGAUUUAGUAUUUAGUAUUGUAAACAUUUAGUAAUUACUACCUCUGUCCCUAAGUAUAGGACCCCCUUGAGUAAAUCACGGGGAUUAAGAAAGUUGGUUGCGGUAUUAAAUUUAUUGACUAUUGAUAUUGCUUUUCUCAAACAAAACAUAGCACAAUAUCAAUUACUACAUAUAAAUGAUACAUUGAAUCUAGACAUAUGAUACAUGAUUCUAAGAGAAGACAUCACUGAUAAUCAAAUGAUUUACUUGGAGCAGUCAUAUCAAAAGGCUUUACAGUUGGAUUCUACAUACAAAGCAGCGGCAGAAUGCUUAGCCAUUGUUCUAACGGAUAUUGGUACCAACAUAAAGCUUGCAGGGAACACUCAGGAGGGAAUUCAAAAAUAUUUUGAAGCCCUCAAAAUAGAUCCACACUAUGCUCCAGCAUAUUAUAACCUUGGUGUGGUCUAUUCUGAAAUGAUGCAAUAUGACAUGGCCCUCACUUUCUAUGAAAAAGCUGCAUCAGAGAGGCCUAUGUAUGCUGAAGCAUAUUGCAACAUGGGUGUGAUUUAUAAAAAUCGAGGUGAUUUGGAAGCUGCUAUUACUUGUUAUGAGAGGUGUUUAGCUGUUUCACCUAACUUCGAGAUUGCCAAAAACAACAUGGCUAUUGCUUUGACAGAUUUGGGAACAAAGGUUAAAUUGGAGGGUGACAUCAACCGGGGUGUGGCUUUUUAUAAGAAAGCUUUGUAUUAUAAUUGGCAUUAUGCUGAUGCUAUGUAUAAUCUCGGGGUUGCUUAUGGUGAGAUGCUUAAGUUUGAUAUGGCUAUUGUGUUCUAUGAACUCGCUUUCCAUUUCAAUCCACAUUGUGCCGAAGCUUGUAACAAUCUAGGCGUUAUAUAUAAAGACCGUGACAACCUUGAUAAAGCUGUAGAGUGCUACCAGCUUGCUUUGUCAGUCAAACCCAACUUUUCACAGUCAUUAAAUAACCUUGGUGUUGUCUACACUGUUCAGGGUAAGAUGGAUGCUGCUGCAAGUAUGAUUGAGAAAGCUAUCAUUGCAAAUCCGACAUAUGCAGAAGCUUACAAUAACCUAGGAGUUCUUUACAGAGAUGCUGGUGAUAUUGCUCUAGCAAUUAAUGCUUAUGAGCAGUGUCUCAAGAUUGAUCCUGACUCUCGGAAUGCUGGCCAGAACCGCUUGCUUGCAAUGAAUUACAUAGAUGAAGGAAAUGAUGACAAACUUUUUGAUGCUCACAGGGAUUGGGGUAGGCGAUUUAUGAGACUAUAUCAGCAGUUCACAUCAUGGGACAACUCAAAAGAUCCUGAACGACCUCUUGUGAUUGGAUAUGUAUCUCCUGAUUAUUUCACACACUCUGUGUCAUAUUUCAUAGAAGCUCCGCUUAUCUAUCACGACUAUGCCAAAUAUAAAGUGAUUGUUUAUUCAGCUGUUGUCAAGGCAGAUGCAAAAACCAUUCGGUUUAGGGAGAAAGUCUUAAAGAAAGGUGGGAUCUGGAAAGAUAUAUAUGGGACUGAUGAAAAGAAGGUCGCCGAUAUGGUUAGAGAAGAUCAAGUUGAUAUUUUGGUGGAACUUACUGGUCAUACUGCAAAUAAUAAGCUGGGAAUGAUGGCUUGUCGACCUGCUCCAAUUCAGGUGACUUGGAUUGGUUAUCCCAAUACUACAGGAUUGCCUGCAAUUGAUUAUAGAAUAUCUGAUUCACUGGCAGACCCUCCUGAAACAAAACAGAAACAUGUUGAAGAGUUAGUCCGAUUACCAGAUUGCUUCCUUUGUUACACUCCUUCCCCUGAGGCCGGUCCUGUUUGUCCAACUCCUGCUCUUUCCAAUGGUUUUAUUACAUUUGGUAGUUUUAACAAUCUUGCCAAGAUUACUCCUACAGUAUUGAAGGUUUGGGCAAGGAUACUGUGUGCAAUUCCAAAUUCUCGCCUCGUGGUAAAAUGUAAACCAUUUUGCUGUGAUAGUGUGAGACAGAGGUUUCUUUCAACCUUAGAACAGUUGGGAUUGGAACCACUACGAGUUGAUCUUCUUCCCCUUAUUCUUCUUAACCACGAUCAUAUGCAAGCAUAUUCUUUGAUGGACAUCAGUUUGGACACAUUUCCAUAUGCUGGGACAACUACGACAUGUGAAUCUUUAUACAUGGGAGUUCCAUGUGUUACAAUGGCUGGUUCAGUACAUGCACACAACGUUGGUGUUAGUCUUCUUAGCAAAGUUGGUCUAGGGAAUUUGAUUGCCAAAAAUGAAGAUGAAUAUGUUAAAUUGGCCAUGAAGUUAGCAUCAGACGUUCCAGCAUUACAAACCUUGAGAAUGAGUCUGAGAGAGCUCAUGUCCAAGUCCCCUGUCUGUGAUGGAGCAAACUUUAUCCUUGGUCUAGAGUCCACAUAUAGGAACAUGUGGCGCAGAUAUUGUAAAGGAGAUGUUCCAUCUUUGAAACGUAUGGAAUCGUUAGAACCAUUUGUUUCUGCCGAUGAAAACUCUGAGCCAGCAACGGCCGUCAAUGUAAGCGAGGGCAGCCCCGGAUCUGUCAAGGCCAAUGGAUUCAAUUCAACGCAGCCACCAAAGCUUAAUAUUAACGGUUGCGAAGAAAAUGGCGGGUCAUUGAAAUUCAGUAGUUAGUAGGGUGUGUGGUGGGUCUUGAAAUACAGUAGUGAAAGCAUGGAGUGGUGGGUGCAAGUUGAAAUUCAUGAGAAUAUUUUGCAGUUUUUAGUGAGUGGUUCAAGGGUGUUGAACUGUAUUACUAUAGGUGGAGUAUUAAGCUGGUAUGUAUAUUGUGGUUACUAAUAGAAGAGGUUUUCAGCAACCACAGCCUCACUAAAAGUAAGCUUUUCAUAGAAUGCCAAUUCUUUUUGGGAAAGAAGGGUAAGUUAUGGUUAUCAAAUUGAUCCGUCUCUUCAACUGCUGUGGAUACGCAAAGCAGCGAUGCUGCUUCAAAUGGUAUCCAACGAUAGCUGUAACACAUCUUUUUCCAUGAAUUACAGUCACUGUUGCCAAUUAGCGGUUAUAGCGGCUAUGAACAAACUGCUGUUUCGCAAUUACAAAGUGUUGUCAAAUAGCGGCUAUAGUGCUGCAUCAUAGCAGAAUUUCAACAAAUCACUAUUUUCCAUGUUUUGCGAUUGACAACACUGAAUAUAGUAGUUAGAGUGUAGAUUGUGUAGUAUUUAUUUGCUGCCGUUCUUUUCUAGAAUGUUAUUGUUGGCCGGUUUACAACAAUGGAGUUCAUCUGAAUGACUGAAAAAUGCAUUUCCUACGAAAA